AUGUUGAAGUUGUGGCUCGGGCUCGCUCUAACGGCUGAUUCAUCGGCGUUAUUUAGGGGAAGCAAUAGUUUUGGGAUGAGUCUAAAAAGGCCAUCGGAGCUCUAUAAACACCUAAGAGUUUCCAAGAGAUAUAUCCUGGGGAAAUCCCAUGAUGACAUAGUGACAUCGCUCCCAAAAGAUGAAGAUGCCCCCGAGCUAGAGUCACGACUUCAAUUCCAUAAGCAAUUUAUGAUAGGAGCACAAAGUAACAGAGCGGGGUUAGGAUCAAAUAGGAAAGUUAGAAUCAAAUUGAAGUCUUUUAUUCGGGUUCUAGAAGUCAUACGUGAAGCGGUUAGUCUUUCGGUAGCCAGAGCGCAAAAGGCAAUAACCACAAACGAACGAUCAGUAGGUUUUGUGAGAGAAGGCACUAGGGCUACAAAAUUAAACGUCAAGCCUUACUCCAUCCUUAAAGCGGCGUCGGAUUGGACUAUAAUGAUGGACACGUAUGAAAAGCAAUAUAAAAUCCCCGAGGAUAUUUGUGCGUCGGCCUCCAGACCGUAUAUAUUUUUGUUUUCGCGAAUUUUAAAGCGCGUAGUUUUGAUAGAGCUUACGGUCCCUUGGGAAACCAACAUCCCCAAAGACCAUACCAUCAAGGUCAACAAAUAUUACGAGCUCACAAACGAACUCACUCGAAAUAGGUUCGUAGUAGAUUUGUACGCGGUAGAGGUGGGAGCGAGAGGUAUAACAGCGAAAUCUCUCUACAACCUACUAAAGGACUUGGGCUUGUCCAGAACUCACAAUAAUGCAUUCUUGGAACGUAUAUCGAAGGCAGCCCUAGUAGGUUCUUUUCAAAUUUGGUUAGGUAGGGAGAGGAGCUUGGACAGUGGAGGUGAGCGUAUAACGCGCGUUAGUUAA